GCCAAGGCAAGCCGCAAGAUGACAUUGGGACGCUGCCGGUUCGUGGGUUCGCUGUCAACGGUUCGAGGCCAGGCCUGGCCAUCCUGUGGCCCUGUCACCCAGGGCACUAGCGUUGACGACCCCCCCGGCGAUGUUUCCCCUGGCGAGCGACAUCCGUGCGUGUUCUCCGUCAGGAACGGAGCUUGUGGGACAUGAUUCGGGGAAAUUGGAUGGUCGUGACAGGGCGAGGAUAUGAUUCUCGAUGGAGCCACUUUAAGGGCUCUUGGGAACAUCCGGAU